AUGUGGGAGAAGGUCCGAGGAAAUUCGCUUGAUAUCAAGGAGUUCUGGAGGCUUCCGUAUAAACAACGAGAAAGCAUCCGUGCUAAGUUUAAAAAGGCCUAUAGGUUUGUUAAUAGCGGCUUGAUGAUCACGUCCUUAGAGCUAACUGGAACUAAGGAAGUUCUGAGCCUCGGGUAUAAGCCUAUCUUAGCGACCCCAUCAAAGAUCAUACUUGAUAGGACCAGAGGUGAUAAAUACCAUGACUUCGUGAUGUUCAUCCUGGUCCUAGCCUCCACAAAUUGGGACAGGUAA